AUGAUUAGAAAUAACAAUACAAGCCUGACGGCUUCCGUUAUUUCAAGGCACAUACUCCGUAGCAUUGAAAAUGAUCCUGGGUUGAAGGUCAAGAACAUACUAAGUUUCGUUAAAGAAAACUUGAAGGUUGAUGUGUCUUACAAAAAAGUUUGGUAUGUCAGACGUAAAGCAAUUGAGCUUGUGUUUGGAUCUUGGGAAGCGAACUUUGCCGAGCUACCACAGUAUCUCGAUGCCCUGGUGCAAUCCAAUCCAGGCACCGUGGUGGAAUGGCCGAUUAUAUGUGUUGAUAGCACUCAUUUGCGUGGCGAAUACAAGGGCAAACUCCUUAUUGCAGUCACUCAAGAUGCGAACAACAAGAUUCUGCCAAUUGCUUAUGCCAUGGUUGAUGAGGAGACGAUUUCCAGUUGGUCGUGGUUCCUGGAACAAUUAAGAUAUAAUGUGGCACUUGAUCGACAUCCUAUCUGUGUCAUUUCCGAUAGCCACAAUGGUAUCAUCUAUACCAUGACACACUUUGACUAUUGGGAGGAACCUUUGGCCUACCAUAGGUUUUGCCUGCGACAUGUUAGGAGUAAUUUGAUGACACACUUCAAAGAUUUACACCUUAAAAAGUUGUGUUGGGUAAUGGGAAGGGCAAGACAAUUGCGCAAGUGGCGGAUGUUCAGAAGAGAACUACGAAACAUGUUUCCAGAUGUUUGGAAUUAUCUGUCAGCCAUUAGUCCUGAAAAGUGGUGCCUAACACACGACGAUGGCCAUCGUUGGGGUAUUCUAAAUACCAACAUAUCCGAAAGUUAUAAUAAUGUCUUGCGCGGGGCACGCCAUUUGCCAAUUCGUGCAUGCAUUGAUAUGACAUUCCAUUGGACAGUUGAGUUAUUUAAGACAAGAAGGGAAGAUUCUUCACAUUGUCGCAAUCCAUUUCCCCCAAAGAUAUGGCAGCGUUUUAAGAAUGCUGAGCAGAAGGCAGGCGCCCACAGAGUCAUUGAGUUCGAUAGCCCAUCGGGCGUAUACAAGGUUAUCACAGGCCGGCGUGUCGAUGGUAAAUGA